AUAGCGUAUGGACUAGCUACAAAGGUCCACGAGUCAUAAGGACAUCAAACUAAACCUGUAUUAUAUUGUUUAAAGUGGGAAACAGAUUUAUCUACUUUUGGCAAAUUCAAAAUUUAUAUAUCUUUCCCAAUUAUGUGUGCAUAAAAAUUGGGUGAUCUCGUCUUUUGUACACACUGUUGCUUAUUGUAUUUUUUAUACCAGUGUAUUCUUCUGUUUAAAAAAAAUUUUUCAAGAAGUUGUGUAAUCUACAGCAGACAAGAACUUGCCUAUAUAUUUAUAUCAAGAUGAGUAAAUAUAGGCGUGAAGAAACCUCAAGUGAGGACAGUAACAGUGAAGAGGAACGUCGCAAAAAAGAUAUUAAAGAGAGAGAUAGUUUUGCUAGUCGUCUCAGAGCUAAAGAUGAAAGCAAGGUACGCAAAGUUGCAAUGCCUGCAGGCUCUGGAGCUGCUGAAGCAGCAAAGAGACUCAAGAUUAUGGAAACAGAUGCUAGGGAAAAAUUGGUACCUAAACUUCGUGUUGAAUCUCGUCGCAAAUAUCUUGAGAAAAGAAAAGAAGAUAAAGUGAUGGAAUUAGAAGCAGACAUAUUAGAUGACGAAUUUUUAUUUGACGAAGAAAUUUUAACAGAAAAAGAAAAACGAGAAAGAAUGCACAAAAAACAGUUAUUACAUUUAGCAAAAGAACACGAAAAAGCAAGAGAACUUGAACGCAUUCAACGGUAUCAUAUGCCUCUUGAGAAAGGCAAAGUAGAAUCAGAAAUUGAUAUUACAGAUAAAGAACCACCACAAUCUGAACAAAGCAAGUGGGAAUCAGAACAGAUGUCAUCAGCUGUAUUUCGAUUUGGCGCUAAAGAUAGAAAAGCUCAACAAGAAUAUGAUCUACUUAUGGGAGAUGAAAUAGAAUUUGUUCAAGCUUUACGUAUGCCUGGACAUGAUAAAGAUAAAAAACGUGAAGAAAGUCCACCUGCUCAUGUUAAAACCUUGCAAACAAUACAGGAGACAAAAAAGAGCUUGCCAAUAUAUCCCUUUAGAAACGAUCUUAUCCAAGCUAUAAAAGGUCAUCAGAUUUUGAUUAUUGAAGGUGAGACAGGAUCAGGAAAAACAACACAAAUACCCCAAUACUUAUAUGAAGCUGGAUUUACAAAAGACGGCAAAAUUAUCGGUUGCACGGAACCGCGAAGAGUAGCGGCGAUGUCAGUGGCUGCGAGAGUAGCUCACGAAAUGGCUGUAAAACUAGGUAACGAAGUUGGCUAUGCUAUUCGUUUUGAAGACUGCACAUCGCAUCGUACCCGUAUCAAGUAUAUGACCGACGGUACCUUGCACCGAGAGUUUUUAAGCGAACCUGAUUUGGCAUCAUACAGCGUGAUGAUAAUCGAUGAAGCACACGAGCGGACUUUACACACCGAUAUAUUAUUCGGACUGGUGAAAGAUAUUGCGAGAUUUCGUCCUGACUUGAAAUUGCUGAUAUCAUCAGCUACACUAGAUGCAACAAAAUUCAGUGAAUUCUUUGAUGACGCGCCAAUCUUUAGAAUACCUGGUCGUCGUUUUCCAGUUGAUAUUUAUUACACCAAAGCUCCGGAAGCAGAUUACAUUGAUGCGUGCGUAGUUUCUAUUCUCCAAAUUCAUGCCACGCAGCCACCAGGCGAUAUAUUGGUAUUUUUGACUGGACAAGAAGAGAUCGAGACGUGCCAGGAAAUGCUACAGGAAAGAGUCAGAAGACUGGGAAGCGAUUUAAAAGAACUUUUAAUUUUACCAGUGUACGCGAAUUUACCUAGCGAUAUGCAAGCAAAGAUAUUCCAACCAACUCCAUCUGGAGCAAGAAAAGUUAUACUUGCAACCAAUAUAGCUGAAACAUCCUUGACCAUAGAUAACAUAAUCUACGUGAUAGAUCCUGGCUUUGCAAAGCAGAAUAAUUUUAAUUCACGCACCGGCAUGGAAAGUUUGAUGGUUGUACCGAUCAGUAAAGCUUCCGCGAAUCAAAGAGCGGGACGUGCGGGAAGAAUAGCACCUGGAAAGUGUUUUCGUUUGUAUACAGCUUGGGCUUAUCAGCAUGAACUUGAAGAUAAUACUGUCCCGGAAAUACAAAGAAUUAAUCUUGGUAAUGCAGUGCUGACUUUGAAAGCUCUUGGCAUUAACGAUUUGGUACAUUUUGAUUUUUUGGAUCCUCCGCCACAUGAAACGUUAGUUCUAGCACUGGAACAACUCUAUGCGUUAGGUGCAUUGAAUCAUUGCGGAGAGCUGACCAAGCUCGGUCGUAGAAUGGCCGAGUUUCCGUUGGAUCCAAUGAUGGCAAAGAUGCUGUUGGCCAGCGAAAGAUAUCGCUGUUCAGAAGAAGUAGCAACCAUCGCUGCCAUGCUAUCAGUUAAUGGAGCAAUCUUUUAUCGACCAAAGGAUAAAAUUGUAUACGCUGAUGCUGCGCGUAAAAAAUUUCAUGUUCCGAGUGGCGAUCAUCUAACUCUUUUGAACGUGUACAAUGAAUGGGAGAAAUAUGAGUUUAAUACACAGUGGUGUUACGAAAACUUUAUACAACACAAAUCCAUGAAGCGUGCAAGAGAUGUGAGAGAACAACUGGUAGGUUUAAUGCAACGUGUAGAAAUGGAAUUGGUUUCUGUCAAAAGCACAGAGACAGUGAAUAUUAGAAAGGCUAUUACAGCUGGUUAUUUUUACCACGUAGCACGUUUGUCCAAGGGAGGUCACUAUAAAACCGCGAAGCAUAAUCAACAAGUUGCAAUACAUCCAAAUAGUUCUCUGUUUGAGGAGCUUCCGCGAUGGGUUCUUUAUCACGAGCUUGUCUUUACUACUAAAGAAUUUAUGCGUCAAGUAACAGAAAUAGAAAGUAAAUGGCUGCUAGAAGUGGCACCUCAUUAUUAUAAGCCAAAAGAACUUGAAGACUCUUCAAACAAAAAGAUGCCGAAAAUCGCCGGCAGAUCACGACCGGACGGUACCAACUAAGAGUAUUUUUAUACUAUUUUUUAGUUAAUAAGUAUGUAAUAAAUAUUGUUUUCUGAAUAAGUAUACUUUGUAAGUGUAAUAUACACAUUUUGUAUUUUAUAUAUGCACAGCGUAUUACUUAAAAUAUUUAUA